AUGGCAGCAACAGUAACCAUCUCCUCCGGCGCCACAUGGCAAGAAGUCGCUGCCGACAGACAAAAACACCGCGAUGUGACUCUCUCCCUACUCGAUCCUCCUCUCCCCCCAAUCGAAGAUAUACCCCUGAACACGAUCCCACUUGCUCGCAAAUUCCUCACAGCGGACGAGAUAAAGAUCACAGAGACGCUGGUUGAAGAUCUAGUCCCGCAGCUUGCAAAAGGAGAGCUCAGUUCCGUAGCUGUAACGAAAGCAUUUCUGCGGCGUGCAGGACUUGCUCAGAAAGCCACAAACUGCAUCACAGAACUCCUUCCACAACCCGCCCUCGAACGUGCUGCAUACCUCGAUGCCUACCUCACAGGGCACAAGAAGCCUAUCGGUCCUCUUCACGGCCUCCCGAUCAGCGUGAAAGAACAUAUUGGCAUGAAGGGUCUGGAUUGGAAUGGAGGGUUUGUGUUUUGGGUGGGGAAGGUAGCGAAAGAUGAUGCGCAUAUUUUGAGUAUUUUGUGGGGUGCGGGGUGUGUGUUUUAUGUGAGAAGUACACAGCCGCAGAGUUUGAUGCAUUUGGAGACUAGUAGUAAUCUUUAUGGGGUCACCACGAAUCCUUUCAAUACGACACUCACAGCUGGUGGUUCUUCUGGUGGAGAAGGUGCUCUUGUUGGGUUUCGAGGGAGUUGCUUGGGCAUUGGGACAGACAUUGGAGGGUCAAUUCGAAGUCCUGCUGCGAACAAUGCAGGAGUAUAUGGCAUGAAGCCUACCUCUGGCCGUCUGCCCAUGAGAGGAUUGACAGCCACGCAAGAGGGCGAAGAACAAAUUGUUCCCACCAUCGGCCCUCUGUCAACUAGUCUCGAAGGCUGCAAAUUAUUCAUCAAAACGAUCAUUGACGCGAAACCUUGGUAUGAAGAACCAACUUUGCUCCCAUUUCCGUGGAAAGAGGAAGAAUUCUUCAAAGGUAAGAAGCUGAAAGUUGGCGUUCUCUGGGAUGAUGGUGUCGUAAAACCACAUCCACCCAUCACACGGGCACUGAAGCAAGUUGUCGACAAGCUGAAGGGAAAGCCGAACAUCGAGAUCGUGGAAUGGAAGCCCUACAAGCAUGAUCUUGCAUGGGAACUCAUCGCGAAUCUCUAUUUCUCCGACGGUGGUGCCGACGAAGCAGGAGCUAUCAACUCCUCUGGCGAGCCCUGGAGACCCCUCACCAAGCACAUUUUAACAGACAAUCCACAUUGCCAACCCCACUCCAUCUCCUCCAUGUGGGCAGCAACACUCAAACGCGACGCAUACCGCGCUGAAUACGCCUCGCUAUGGAACUCGACCGCAACAUUCGUUGGACCAAACGGCGAUCUAGAGGGUAUGGUCGAUGUGAUUCUGUCUCCUGUUGGUCCGGGAGCGGCGCCGAAGAUUGAUACUGCCAAGUGGUGGGGUUACACGAGUCAGUGGAAUCUGCUCGAUUAUCCCGCGCUCGUGUUCCCGGUUGAUAGAGUUGAUGUUGUGAAUGAUGGAGAGAAGGUGGAGUACGAAAGUAGGAAUGAGAAAGAUGCUUUCAAUUGGGGGCUUUGGGAAGGACACGGUGCGGAAGGAUGGGAGGGGGCGCCGGUUUGCUUGCAGCUUGUUGGGAGACGGUACGAAGAUGAGAAGGUUAUCCAGGCACUGGAGAUCUUGAAAAAGGAGGCUGGAUUCCCGUUUGUUGAAUAUAUCUAG